UUCAAGAGCGAGGCGUAUCAAUUUCUCAGUCUUGCGUCGUGGUCGUCUGUUUCCGUUUGGUUUGUUUUUUGUGUGCGUGUGUGUGUGCGUUUCGGAUAAGCCUGCUUGACCUUGUUUCUCGAUGUUCUUGAAAUCAACGGCCCAGUCCCUCAAAUCUGUCCCUCUAGCUCGGUCUUGUUGCACUGUCUGUCCUAUAUGGGUGGGGCCAAUCUUGUUCAAGCCGGUCCCUACACUUGUCUGGCUGGGUUGUUUUACUGUUUUACUGUUCGCAGUAGGUAGGUAGGUAGGUAGGUAUAUAUAUGACUUUGCGAUCU